AUGGAUUAUGAACGGAUUUUUGAGUUGGUGCCGCCCUUGAUUAGUGAUGCCGAUAAUGCUGAUCUUUGUGCUCCCUUCUCGAAUGAGGAAUUUAGAGAUGCUCUUUUUCAGAUGCAUCUAGACAAGGCACCUGGGCCGGAUGGGUUAAAUCCUACAUUUUACCAGAGAUUUUGGCACUUGAUUGGCAAUGAUGUUUCCGAUGGUAACAAGAUUGUGGGUAAAGUUUUAGCGAACAAAUUUAAAAUGGUCCUUCCUAUGAUUAUCUCUGAGAAUCAGUCUGUCUUUAUCCCUCAUCAGUUGAUUACCGAUAAUGUUAUGGUUGUGUUUGAAAUGAUACACAAUAUGAAAAUUAAUAAGGGUAGAAAUGAUGGUAAUUGUGCACUUAAACUUGAUAUUUCUAAGGCUUAUGAUAUGGUAGAGUGGGAGUUUCUAAAAGGCGUACUGGAACGAUUUGGUUUUUCUACUCAAUGGAUUAGGUUUUUGACAAGGGAUCCUAUUUCUCCGUAUCUCUAUUUGGUGUAUGCAGAAGGCUUAUCAUUACUACUUAAAGAUGUUGAAUUUAGGGGCUGGUUACUGGAGGAAGCAGAUAGUAUUAAAUCUAUUCUCAAUACCUAUGCGGCUGCUUCUUGA